ACUAUUGAUCAGAGCGCAUUAACUUAUAGUUAGGUUAUGCAAUAUAUAUUUACAUAAUUAUGAAUUCAACGUUAGGAAAUUUGACAAAUUCAGACGAUUCGUUUGAUAGAUAUCAAUUCGUUAACGAGACACCAGGCGUUGCAAUACCUAUCUUGAUAACACUGGUGUUAGCCGCUUUGUUUGGAACAUUUGGAAAUGUUCUUAUUCUAAUUACUAUUUUCACAACAGAAAAGUUGCACAGAUUGGAAUGUAUUUUCAUGGCAAACCUUGCAAUAUCUGAUAUGUAUGUUACCACAUUAGCAGAUCCCCUUAGUAUUGUUGGAAAACUUGAGGGAGAAGAAUUCUUUGAUAACCUACCAGGAUUUUGUCAGAUUAUAGCUUUUGGAUGUACGAUAGCAUGUGUCAACUCAUUAGGAAGCAUCGCCCUACUUAGUUUUAAUAGAUAUAUAUACAUCUGUCAAAAUAAAUUAUACUGCAAAAUCUUCAAAAAGAAGACGUGCAUAUUGAUGUGUUGUUGUCUUUAUUCCGUUGGUUUGUUGCUCGUGUUAUUAAACUUUGCGGGGAUUGGUGAUCACUCGUUUGAUAGAAAAAGCCUCGAAUGUAUUUGGGAUAGAAUGGAAACAUAUCCAUACACAGUCGUGUUUUCUGUAACUUUAGUUUGGGUUCCUGUUGUUGUUGUGGGAUUUUCAUAUCUAAGCAUAUUUUUGAAAGUUAACAGAUCCCGAAAGAAAACAAAGACUGCAAGUUCAAGACGUACGGCGUCAUAUUCGAUAGGACUUGCUAAAACAUUGUGCAUCAUAUAUAUAAUUUUUGCUGCAUGUUGGAUUCCUUAUGCGCUUCUCAUUGUACUAGACAGAGAUGAUUCGUUCCCCCAUGAGGUACAUUUAUACAUAACAGUAUGGGCACAUCUCCAUCCUUCCAUAAACUGGCUUGUUUAUUAUUUUACCAAUACGAAAUUCGAAGCUGCUUUUAAUAGAAUUGCUCAUCUUGAUGUAUGCUUUGGAAGAUGUAAAAAAUCAAAAAGAGAGGGAAAUGAAUCAUCAACAACAAGUGGUGGACUUUCUACAUCCGAGACAAAUACUACUUUCAAAAAACCUCUGUCGUCUAUAGAAAUAUCUGGUAACAGAAUGAACGACUAUACAAUCUAAAGAAAAGCUGUAUCAUUUAAACGUAAUUGUAGGCAUGUAAAUGACAUACGUUCACAAAAUAUUGUAACUUUUAGCAAUUUUUUUUUAUAAUUAUAUGUAUAUAAGAUCCAAAUAUGUUUUUGUG